AUGAAGGCCCUGUCACGAUCUGGGUUUUGUUUCUUGUUGUGUCCUCGUCUUAUUUUGGUUCCAGGUUCCAUUUCCGGUUUUAUUGUGGUAGCACUCCCGGUUUCUGUUUCUGUUUCUGCUUUACUUCCUGUUAUCAGUUCUGUUCUCCCUAGCUCAUUACCCACACCUGUCUGUAAUCAGUUAAUCACUCACCGGUGUAUUUAGUCAGCUCCUGUGUCCUUAGUUCCCUGCCAGAUCGUCGUUCGUGUUUCUUGUUCCUCGUGUUUUGUUCUGGUUUUGCCUUGUGUAUCCUGCCUGACCCUGGACUAACUACUGACUGUGAGUUUUGCUUUAUCCCUGCCUGUACUUUCGCUGAGCCCACUUGUGUACCGAACCCUGCCUGGACAUUGUAUCAGAGAUUGCCUGCUCCCUUGUUUUCUGCUUACUGAACUCUUCCGUGUACGACCUGGACUGCCCGACCCUGCCUUGAGAAAUAAACCUGCGUUUAAUAUUCAUCUUGCCUCGGUGCUGUGCAUGUGGGUCCUUUAUCUGCCGUUCCGUGACAGAACGAUCUGGCCAGACUUGGACCCAGCCAGCACUCAGCCUCCGGUCAGGUCAGUAACUGUUUUUCUCGCUCCUUUUUUUUUAACGGCGAGUAUAAUCCACCCGAGGGAGCAUGGAGUUCACCUGUGCCGAGCUACCUAGCGAGCUACGAGUUUAUUUUAAGAUCCUCGCGGAGGAUUACCGACGGGCGGUUACCCCGAAGAACCAGCGCAGCGCCGUGGAGGUGGCGAUAUUGACGCUGGAGGACGAUGACAGUGUGUUAGAGCGUCCCAGUGUUCGUCGCCUCUAUGAGCGACUGUGCGCUAGGUCUGAUGAACUAAGCGACGCGCUCCGCACCACGCCAGCGCCGGUCGCACCGCCGAAGGUUUCGGUUUCCUUCUCCCCGCCCCGUCGGACCGUUGUGUCUGCAUCAACCUGCCCAGCUCCAUGUGUGUUCCGCUGGGAGGAUUCCCUGCAUUCAUGCGGUCCCCCGUCUCCAGUUCAGACGCGAGCUGUUCAGUUUCCAGCUCAGUCGUGUUUUGCCCAGUCCCCAGCUCAGUCGUGUUUUGCCCAGUCCCCAGUUCAGUCAUGCUCCGCUCAGGCUCCAGUCGCCGUUCAGCCUCGCCACGCUCACGCUCUAGUGCAGCCCUGUCACGUUCAGGUUCCAGCCCCAGUCCAGUCGAGCCCAGUUCAGUCGAGCCCAGUUCAGUCUCCAGCCCAGUCGAGCCCAGUUCAGUCUCCAGCCCAGUCGAGCCCAGUUCAGUCUCCAGCCCAGUCGAGCCCAGUUCAGUCUCCAGCCCAGUCGAGCCCAGCCCCGGUUCCAGUUCAGUCGAGCCCAGUCCCGGUUCCAGUUCAGUCGAGCCCAGUCCCGGUUCCAGUUCAGUCGAGCCCAGUUCAGUCGAGCCCAGUCCAGUCGAGCCCAGUUCAGUCUCCAGUCCAGUCGAGCCCUGUUCAGUCUCCAGUCCAGCCGCGAGCUGUUCAGUCUCCGGUUCAGUCGAGCCCAGUCCCGAUUCCAGUUCAGUCGAGCCCAGUCCCGGUUCCAGUUCAGUCGAGCCCAGUCCAGUCGAGCCCAGUCCAGUCGAGCCCAGUCCAGUCGAGCCCAGUUCAGGUUCCAAUCCAGUCGAGCCCAGUCCCGGUUCCAAUCCAGUCGAGCCCAGUCCCGGUUCCAGUUCAGUCGAGCCCAGUCCCGGUUCCAGUUCAGUCGAGCCCAGUCCCGGUUCCAGUUCAGUCGAGCCCUGUCCAGUCGAGCCCUGUCCAGUCGAGCCCUGUCCAGUCGAGCCCAGUACAGUCGAGCCCUGUCCAGUCGAGCCCAGUACAGUCGAGCUCUGUCCCAGUUCAGUCCAGUCACGCUCCUGUCCCAGUUCAGUCCAGUCACGCUCCUGUCCCAGUUCAGUCCAGUCACGCGCAGGCCUUAUCCCAGUCAGAGGACUCCACCUGUCGAACGGGUGCUGUGCACACCCGAUCAGGCCCGACGUCUCCUCCGUCGAGCUCGGCAGCUGUAAGCAGGCAUGCCGGCUCCGGAGGAGACGCCGUCCCAGUUCCUGUCGGCCAUGUUGCGGCCGUUCCUGUCGGCCGUGUUGCGGCCGUUCCUGUCGGCCAUGUUGAGGCCGUUCCUGUCCCCGUUCCUGUUCCUGUCGGCCAAGUAGAGGUCGUUCCUGUUCCUGUCGGCCAAGUAGAGGUCGUUCCUGUUCCUGUCGGCCAAGUAGAGGUCGUUCCUGUUCCUGUCGGCCAAGUAGAGGUCGUUCCUGUUCCUGUCGGCCAAGUAGAGGUCGUUCCUGUUCCUGUCGGCCAAGUAGAGGUCGUUCCUGUUCCUGUCGGCCAAGUAGAGGUCGUUCCUGUUCCUGUCGGCCAUGUUGCGGCCGUUCCAUUUCCUGUUCCUGUCCCCGUCGGCCAUGUUGCGGCCGUUCCAUUUCCUGUUCCUGUCCCCGUCGGACAUGUUGCGGCCGUUCCAUUUCCUGUUCCUGUCCCCGUCGGCCAUGUUGCGGCCGUUCCUGUCUCUGGUCCCGUUCCCGUCGGCCAAGUAGAGGUCGCCCCAGGCCCCGUUACUGUCGGCCCUGUAGCGGUCGUUCCAGUCCCUGUCACCCUCGGAGCCGCAGCGCCCGCUGGCCUCCAGGAGGAGGCAGCGCCUGCUGCAGUUCCUGCGCACCUCCAGGAGGGGGUCGCGCCAGCCGCAGUCCCGGCGGACCUCCAGGAGGGGGUCGCGCCAGCCGCAGUCCCGGCGGACCUCCAGGAGGGGGUCGCGCCCGUCGCAGUCCCGGCGGACCUCCAGGAGGGGGUCGCGCCCGUCGCAGUCCCGGCGGACCUCCAGGAGGGGGUCGCGCCCGUCGCAGUCCCGGCGGACCUCCAGGAGGGGGUCGCGUCCGUCGCAGUCCCGGCGGACCUCCAGGAGGGGGUCGCGCCCGUCGCAGUCCCGGCCGCACCUGCAUCGGUUCCUGGCGGUUCGGCCGCACCUGCAUCGGUUCCUGGCGGCCCGGCCGCACCUGCAUCGGUUCCUGGCGGCCCGGCUCCGGCCGCACCUGCAUCGGUUCCUGGCGGUCCGGCUCCGGCCGCAUCUGUACCUGUGUCUCGUCGCGGUGGUCCAAGAGGACGCCGCUGGCCCCUGUUUCCCGUCGCGGAGGUCCAAGGAGGACGUCCCCACGUCUGUCUUCGCCUCUGGUUCCUGCCUCGUCCCCACGUCUGUCUUCGUCUCUGGUCCCUGCCUCGUCCCCACGUCUGUCUUCGUCUCUGGUCCCUGCCUCGUCUCUGUCUCUGCUGCCGGACUGGUGGCCUCGCCCUCGAUGCCUCCUGCCGCCUGGAUGGCGCUGCCUCCUGCGGCGACGCCCGCCUCGACUCCUCAGUCUCUUGGAUCAGCGUCCACCUGGAGGACGUUGCCAUGCGGGGUGGUCCCCGGGGACAUCGGCCCAGCUCAAGGGCACUAAGAGUGCCACCCUGGCUCAGCGGCGGCUGAGCAGGAUCUCGCCGCGCCUUCACCCUCCGUGAAGGAAUCCCUGAUCUUCAUGUCUUCCCCGUUCAUGGACUUAUGUGGACUCUUGUUUUGGCCCUCCUCCGGUCCUCCCUCCGCCCACCCUGCUCGUGUGCCUUGAGGGGUAGGGAUUCGGUCCCUCCGCCUGGGACCACCC